UCAUCUGACUAAUCUGUGAGUGACAAUCAUAUGUUCUUUUAUUUAAUGUUUAUGUAAAUAUGUUGUUAUAAUUAUUAAAAAAUAAACAGCCAUGCAACAAACAUCAAGAGAUUCUAAGCUUGACUCUGCUGAUAGUUUCAAAAGGCAGGGCUCUAUACGGAAAGUUCUCCAUAACAAGGAGAAUAUUUUUGGAAAGCAAAAUGAAGAUUUGAAUAAGUUUUAUAAAACUUUCCUACAGGAGUAUUCAAUUAUAGCUGAAUAUAAGAUGAUACAAAGUGAGAAUAUUGAAGGGGUUUAUGUUAUUCCCUCCAAGGAAUCAUCACUGUUGUGGUUUGGCGUUAUUUUUGUAAGAAGUGGCCUUUACGAAAAUGGAGUGUUUAGAUUUAAUAUUGAAUUGGAUGAGAAUUUCCCAGAUGGCAAACAUCCAAAAGUAUUCUUCCAAAGUGAUAUGUUCCAUCCUCUAGUUGAUGAAAAGACAAAGGAGUUAAUUUUACUAGGUGGCUUUCCAGUUUGGUCUAAGAGUAAUCAACACAUCUGGCAGGUUUUGAAGUACAUACACUGGAUAUUAUACAACAUCACAUCUAUUUCUACACCUGCUGUUAAUAAUGAGGCCUUAGAUUUACUUAGAUCAGAUGAAGAAGCUUUUCAAGAUAAAGUGAAGCAUUGCGUCCAAUCAAGUCGUGAUCACUUAUAUGAUAAACCUGCAGUAGACGAUGAUCACUACAUUGUAUUUGAGGAAUAUACACCUAAUAUUCAUAAUUCUGUUCGAACAAAUAUGCUGCAACAAGGUAGCGAUGCUGAUAGAAUUGUUACAGUAGGUCAUUCUUGGGUAAAGGAGGGAUCCUUCCAGCCUUUGUCAAGGAACCCGUCUUUACAAACCAACAGUGAUUCAUGACUCGCGAAAAAAUUCGUCCUAGUUUCAUUUCAAUCACAAUUUUAGACUCAAAUAUUUUACUUUAUACAUGACAAUUUUCUAAACAAAUUAAAUGAGCGAAAUGUUCUAAAUGCAUAUUGUGCAAUCUGUAAAUAUUAAAAGAAAGAAAAAAAAACUUAAAAAUGGCAGUAUUUAUA